AUGAAGAGGAGGACGUGGAGACGUUUCACCGACCACUGCAGCUGUGUUUUGUCCGCGUGGACUCUGCUGUGCUCCUGUUUGUUUGUGCCCGUCAGGACGGACGGUGUUUGCCCGUCGUCCUGCGCGUGCACCGGACUCACGGUGACCUGUCUUUCUGACGGCCAGGACAUACCGACGGACAUACCGGCGUGGACGUCCACUUUGAUACUUCACGGGAGAAACGUCUCAACUUUACCCCAAGGUGCGUUCACGGCCAACGGCAGCGAGUCGGAAAUACGGACACUCAGGCUGUCCCAUAACGGGAUACGGGUGAUCGAACCGUACGCCUUCCUGGGACUCCCCCGCCUGCAUUUACUGGAUCUGAGUCACAACCAGCUGGAGACCAUCUCGUCCCGCGCUCUCCACGGGUUGCCAGAGCUGCGCUCUCUUUACCUGAACUCUUCCGUUUCACCUGGCGCAGCGGCGCAGCUCGCGCACGCGCUCAACGCGGAUAGUUUGCGGAACCUCCACAGGCUGGAGCUGGCGGGAAACCGGCUGACCAGCAUCCCCCUGGAGAGAUUAGACAUCUACAACCUUCACGCCUUAGUGCUGAUAAACAACUCGAUAGAGAGCAUCGAGAGAGAAAACGUCUCCAGUUUAUAUCAGCAGAGGCGCACGCGCGUCUACCUGGCGCUCAAUCCGUUUCGGUGCACCUGCGAGCUGGAGGUGUUUUACUACUGGUUGAAGAACUCAUCCCAGUGCGCGGAUGCUGGGAGGCUCCUGUGCAGCGAGCCGGAGGCCCGGAGGGGGGUCCCCGUGGAGAAGCUCCGGGGGGAGGACGUGGAUUGUCUGAAUGAGAACCUGGAGGCGGUCUCCUACGUGUUUCUGGGGAUCGUGUUGGCCCUGAUCGGGGUGGUGUUCCUCAUGGUUCUGUAUUUGAACCGGAGGGGCAUCAAAAGGUGGCUCAACAACAUCCGAGAGGCGUGCAGGGACCAGAUGGAGGUGUACCACUACCGCUACGAGCAGGACACGGACCCCAGACUGGCCAACGUGGCUGUUUGA